GUAGAGAGUGGGCGGGGCGAACCGCCGGCUGGCGCGCGGGCGGUCUCUGUGAGGAAAACAGACGUUAAUCUGCCGUUGGUCGGGUUGCUAUGGACAUGAGCCUCCUGGCUGGGGUUGAGAGGUCCCCUUCCCCGCAAGCCCGAGGUCUCACGACUCCCGGCGAUGUCCCGGGAGACCCGGACCCACGCCACAGCCUGAAGCUCCGUGAGGAAACCGAGGCAUCACAGGUGAUGGCGGAGCCGGGUGCGGGAAGCUUGAACGCGGCGGCGCUCCCACCGCCUCGGCUGCCAGAGGGGCGGGGAGCCUUCCACGCCCCCGCGGGCUGUGACCACCCAGCCCCGAUCCGAGGCGGUGGGGAUUGCGGUUUCGAGGCGACCGAAGCGGGGCAGGCGGAGGCUCCGCCUCUCACGGAAGGCCUGGAAGCUGUGCCGGUGUCCGUGGCAACGGACAACAGCCUGAAAAAUGGCUGUCAGAGCGGAGAGCCGCGCGGCGCCGGUGGGGAGAAGCCAGAGAGCUCCGGGUUUGAGGUGUUGGCAGCGGUGAAGGCCGAGGAGGUGGAGACCGAGAAGUGCACCGUUUCCUCGGUAGCAGUGGAUGAGGAGGUGGUGGAGAAGGAAAAAGUGAAGGAGGAGGAGGAGGUGGAACAAAAGAUGGAGGUAGAGAAGCAAGGAGGUGAAGAAAGAGAAGUGUUGGAGGAAAACAGAGUGGGGGAGGAGGAGAAGGAAGAAGCAGGGCCCCGACCCUUGAAUAUGGAUCUCCGCAUGAACCCCCUGGAAGCCAUCCAGAUGGAACUGGACACUGUGAAUGCUCAGGCCGACAGGGCCUUUCAGCAACUGGAGCAUAAAUUUGGGCGGAUGCGUCGGCACUACCUGGAGAGGAGAAACUACAUCAUUCAGAAUAUCCCGGGCUUCUGGGUCACCGCCUUCCGGAACCACCCCCAGUUGUCCCCCAUGAUAAGGGGCCAAGAUGCAGAGAUGCUAAGAUACAUAACCAAUUUGGAGGUCAAGGAGCUCAGACACCCUAGAAGUGGCUGCAAAUUCAAGUUCUUCUUUCGAAGAAACCCUUACUUCAGAAACAAGCUUAUUGUCAAAGAAUACGAGGUCAGAGCCUCCGGCCGAGUGGUGUCUCUUUCCACUCCCAUCAUAUGGCGCCGGGGCCAUGAACCUCAGUCCUUCAUUCGCCGGAACCAAGAUGUCGUCUGCAAUUUCUUCACCUGGUUUUCAGACCACAGCCUUCCAGAGUCCGACAAGAUUGCUGAGAUUAUCAAAGAGGAUUUGUGGCCCAAUCCACUGCAGUAUUACCUGUUGCGUGAAGGAGUCCGCAGAGCCAGACGUCGCCCAAUAAGAGAGCCGGUGGAGAUCCCCAGGCCCUUUGGAUUCCAGUCUGGUUAAUCUCUGCCUUUGGAAAUACUGCACAAGGUCCCCUCCCACCUCUUGCUGGACCUGUGCUCGGACAACAGAAAUGGGUAUGCCUUUUUUUUUUCCCCCU